AUGUUGCCUGCACACACUCAUGUCAAUCCAAAAGAGCAGGGCCCGAAAAAGCUUAUGGCAGUGAGUCUAAGAAAUGGUAGAGACCUAGAUCUAGAGCAAGAAAUUGCUCGCGAAAGUCGACCAACUGAAACACUUAUGCCAGUGCCCAUUGAGGUAGAUGAUGCAACAAAGUUAACUGAGGUGAUGAUACAAUAUGCACAAGAGAGCAGAAGCAAAGAAAAAGAGGUUGUAAAGGAAACUGAGAGAUUGGCCAAAUAUCAGAAGGAUGAGCAGUAUAAGAAAUUCAUGGAGAUGUUGAAGCAAAUCCAGGUGAACAUUCCAUUGAUUGACGCCUUGAAGGAGAUGUCUGGUUAUGAAAAAAUGAUGAAGGACUUGAUGUCUCGAAAGUUUGAAUUUCAAACUUGGCCCACUGUUACACUAGCUAAGACAUGUAGUGCUGUCGUGAUGAGACCCAUAGCUGAGAAGUUGUCUGACCCAGGGAGUUUUACAAUCCCAUACAAAAUAGCCGACCGGACGGUGAAGAGGCCAUCAGGUAUACUUGAUGAUGUACUGGUGCAAGUUGGAAAGUUUGUGUUUUCGGUAGAUUUUGUCAUUCUGGACUGCCAAGUGGAUGAGGAAAUUCCCAUAAUUUUGGGGAGGCCAUUCUUGGCCACUGAGAGAGCUCUAAUUGAUUAUGAAACUGGAGAGCUAAAAAUGAGACUGAACGAUGAAUAA